AUGAGCUACACUCUGAACAAUAUGACUGAUUAUACGGAUAAUGUAGAAAGUGAAUAUGCAGAGGAGCUGCAUGACGAAAAGAGUGAAAGCAAUAAUGAUGCUCAAGAUGUUGAGCCUUGUCCGUACUGCGAAGAACCAUUGCCCAGUCCUCUUCCACCCAAACUUGAGCAGUAUCUAAGCAAACUACAGAAGAAAAAAUUGUCUGCUGUAGAAUCAUACGCAUUCUGCAUGUUACAUGCAGCCGAAUUAACACACGUGCCAGAGGGUAUUAAAAAAGGAUAUCCAACUGCUAUUGACUUUG